CUUCUUGAAUUCAUAUUUCACAUUCAUAUCAACAUCCCCCAUUCCCCACCCCCCUCUUAUACAAAAACCCAUUAAUACUUCACCAUCAAAAGCAUCAAAAAUAAACCUAAGUUCCUUUUUUCCGAAACUUUCAAAGACGAACACACACUCAAAGUGGGUAUUCAAAUCAAGAAUGCCGAAAAUUCCCAUAAUCAAGAUUCUUCUGGCGUUACUGGUUGUCUUUUCAUGCGUUUGUUCCUCCAUUAAUGGAGCUGUUUCUUACGACGAUAAAGCAAUCAUCAUCAAUGGCAGACGAAGAAUCCUCAUGUCUGGUUCAAUUCAUUACCCACGAAGCACCCCUCAGAUGUGGCCUGAUCUUAUAAAAAAGGCAAAGGAUGGAGGCUUAGAUGUGAUUCAAACUUAUGUCUUUUGGAAUGGGCAUGAACCAUCUCCUGGAAAGUAUAAUUUUGAAGGAAGAUAUGAUUUAGUUAAGUUCAUAAAAACCGUACAAGAAGCGGGUCUCUAUGUUAAUUUACGCAUUGGCCCUUACGUUUGUGCUGAGUGGAAUUUCGGGGGAUUUCCUGUUUGGCUAAAGUAUGUACCGGGUAUGUCUUUCAGAACAGACAACGGACCUUUCAAGAGUGCAAUGCAAAGAUUUACCGAGAAAAUAGUCAGCAUGAUGAAGUCAGAGGAGUUGUUUGAGCCUCAAGGAGGUCCAAUUAUCUUGUCUCAGAUAGAAAAUGAGUAUGGACCUGUGGAAUGGGACAUUGGUGCCCCUGGAAAAGCUUACACAAAAUGGGCAGCUCAAAUGGCAGAUGGCCUUAAAACCGGUGUCCCUUGGAUCAUGUGUAAGCAAGAAGACGCCCCAGAUCCAAUGAUUGACACGUGUAAUGGUUUCUACUGUGAAAAAUUCACUCCUAACAAGCCAUACAAACCUAAAAUGUUUACAGAGCUUUGGACUGGCUGGUUCACGGAAUUUGGUGGUGCGAUUCCUACCAGACCUGUUGAAGAUAUAGCUUAUUCGGUUUUGAGAUUCAUACAAAAUAAUGGUUCUUUCGUCAACUACUAUAUGUAUCAUGGGGGGACAAAUUUUGGGAGGACAGCAGGGGGUCUGUUUAUCACGACAAGCUAUGAUUAUGAUGCGCCUAUUGAUGAAUAUGGUUUACUAAACGAACCAAAAUGGGGGCAUUUAAGGGAUUUACACACAGCCAUAAAAUUAGUUGAGCCGGUUUUAGUUUCAUCUUAUCCUACUGUUACCUAUCCCGGAAAGAAUCAAGAGAUACAUGUAUUUCUACCAAAAAAUGGAGAUUGCGCUGCAUUCCUUUCAAACUACGACCCACAAUUUUCAGCAAAAAUGACAUUUGGAAAUUCCCAAUAUGACCUCCCUCCUUGGUCCAUUAGCAUCCUCCAAGACUGUAAGAAGGAAGUUUUCAACACCGCAAAGGUUAAUGCUCCAAGCACACAAAGAAAGAUGACAUCUGUUGGAUCGUUUUCAUGGCAAUCAUACAAUGAAGAAGCUCCAUCUUCAGAUAGCAGUGAUACUUUAUCAAUGGAGGGGUUAUAUGAACAACUCAAUGUUACUAGAGAUGAAUCUGAUUAUUUAUGGUACCUUACAGAAGUGUAUAUAUCACCGAAUGAACAGUUUCUAAAAACGGGCAGUUCCCUGUGCUUACAGUGAUGUCAGCAGGGCAUGCUUUGCAUGUGUUUAUCAACAAUCAACUCUCGGGAACUGUUUGGGGAUCACUGAAAAAUCCAAAGUUAACGUUUAAUGGUAACGUGAAGUUAAGAGCGGGUGCUAACAAGAUUUCCAUGCUAAGUGUUUCUGUGGGCCUUGCGAAUGUGGGCACACAUUUUGAGACAUACAAUGUUGGGAUCCUAGGUCCGAUUAGUUUAACAGGUUUAAACGAGGGUACACGAGACUUAACAAAACAACAAUGGUCUUAUAAGGUUGGUUUAAAGGGCGAAAGUUUAAGUCUCCAUACGCUUGACGGAAGUUCAUCUGUUGAGUGGCUACAAGGGUCUUUAGUGGCUCAAAAGCAGCCUCUUACUUGGUACAAGACUACAUUCAAUGCACCAGAUGGAAACGAGCCACUAGCUUUAGAUAUGAAUGGGAUGGGAAAAGGUCAAAUGUGGGUCAAUGGGGAGGCAAUAGGGAGACAUUGGGCUGGAAAUAAAGCACGUGGUAAUUGUGGGAAAUGUAGUUACACUGGAAUUUAUAAUGAAAACAAAUGCAAUCGAUAUUGUGGAGAUCCAUCUCAAAGAUGGUAUCACGUUCCACGAUCAUGGUUGAGACCAACGGGUAACUUUUUAGUUGUUUUUGAGGAAUUGGGAGGCAAUCCAGAUUGGAUCACUUUGGUCAAAAGAAGUUAGCAGAAAAAGUCAAAAAGUCAACACCUUGGUAAAUACUAAAUACACGUAAAGAAGAUAUAAAGAUGAAAAUAACGAUUGAUUGGUUAGUAUGUGCAGUUGGAAAUGUAAAGGCAUAUCGCCUGCCAUGUUGGCCAUUUAAAAAAGUGUUGUAUUGUAAUUUGUAAGAGUGUUUAAUUUGUAUAUGCUUUCGACCAAAAUCCAAAAGGCGUUUUAAUUUUAA